AUGAGCACCGGCAUCAACAUCGGCGAUAUUAAGCGUUGCACACAGUCCCGGCCACCCAUCACUCGCAACCUGUCCGAUCUAAGCCAGCGCCUUGGCCGUGCGGUCCGCGCUCUUAUGGAACAGGGUCAGGGCAUCACCUUUCUGCCGUACUACUACUUCAAUGACGAGAAGGAUGAGCCGCUUCCUCCUGGUGUCGCUCCUGGUGUCGCUCCUGGUGUCGCUUCAGGUGUCGCUCCGCUUGCAGCAACCGCAGGUCCAUCAUCCUCGGACUCUGGGCGUCGCAACCCGUCUCGGACUCGCAUGUUGCCCAGCAGGCUUCGACAUUCCCAAACACCUAGUGAAGAGGCUGGAGUUGCUGAGGAUGAAGACGGUGACGACUUCACAGAUGCUGGUUCCGUGGUUGACGAAGUUGCCGAUAAAGCAUUCGGUACCCGCAAGAAGAAGCCCAAGCAGCUCGGUGCCAAUGGCUUGGAAGUCUGGAACAAGAAUGAGCUACAGGCUCGCGAGAAGAUUCCACCAAUAUGGCUUGACCUCGUCAACAGCGGCUGCCCUCGCAAGGUCAUGAAUGAAUAUCUGCAGGAGCACAAGCGAAUGUAUCAUCAGGACCCGCCACCAGAGGGCCAGUGUUGCAACCAGGAGUUUCCGGACAUUGAUGUGUAUCCAGAGAAGGAAGUGGAUAGCACAAGCGGUAUUAUAUUGCCGCCGCCACACAUGCGUCGCAUAAACGCGCCAACUGCCUCGCCCAAUGUUGGAACCCGCUAG